ACAGGCGCUGUGAUCACCGUCAGACCUCAUAGCCUCUUGUGCUGGUGCUGUUGCAGGCCGUUAGCCUCGCACUUGAUGCAGAAUGAGCUCCAAGCACUCCUCCGACUGGAUUCCAUACAGCACUUUAGACGACGAGGGAACAAACCUUCGGCAGCAGAAACUGGACAGACAGCGAGCACUUCUUGAGCAAAAGCAAAAGAAGAAGAGGCAAGAACCUCUGAUGGUCCAGUCCAACGUGGACGGGAGGUCUCGGACACGUCGGACCAAACAAAGUGAGGAACAGGCUCCGCUGGUGGAGUCGUACCUCAGCAGCAACAGCAGCACCAUCUAUCAUGUGCAAGAAGCUGAACGUGAGGAGGCGAAAGAGCUAUCGGACCCUCAGCUGCCUCGCUCGGCUAAAAAAGGCAAAGCGUCCGCCAGCUCCACUCCACAGACGGGCAGCGAGAAGAAGGAGAGGAAGGCGAAGCACAAAGCAGCGACCGACGGCCCGGCUGCCCUGCAGGACGACGGUCAGAUCCAGAUCCUGACGGUGGGACAUCCCUCUACGGAGGAGGGCGAGUCAGAGCCCGUCAUGAGCUGCACCCAGUCGCAGAGUAAACAGGAUCUGCGUGUCACCAUGCUAAAGAAAGGUAUAUCCAGCAGUAUGAAUUUUGAUGAAGAAGAGGACGAUGAAGAUGAGGUUAGCUCCAGUUCUUCGCAGCUCAACAGCAACACGAGACCAGGUUCUGCUACCAGCAAGAAGUCGAGCAAGGAUGUGGCCUCAGCACCCACUCCGCCUGUCAGCGAACCUGCAGUCGAUGUUGAGGAUUUAGAGGAGUUUUCUCUGCGAUCUGCGCCGCAGGGGGUCAGAGUGAAAUGCAGGAUCACCAGAGACAAGAAGGGCAUGGACAGAGGAAUGUACCCCACCUACUACCUUCACCUGGAGAGGGAGGAUGGCAAGAAGGUGUUCCUGUUAGCUGGCAGGAAGAGGAAAAAGAGUAAAACCUCCAAUUACCUCAUCUCCAUCGAUCCCACUGAUCUGUCUCGUGGUGGAGAGAGUUUCAUCGGUAAACUCAGGUCCAAUCUGAUGGGAACCAAGUUUACUGUUUAUGACAACGGUCUGAAUCCCAUGAAGAGCACCUCGAGCCUUGAAGCUAGCAAUCUGCGUCAAGAGCUCGCUGCCAUUUGCUACGAAACCAAUGUCUUGGGGUUCAAGGGGCCUCGUAAAAUGAGCGUCAUUAUUCCUGGAAUGAACAUGGAUCAUGAGAGAGUGUCGAUUCGACCGCGGAACGAGCAUGAGUCACUACUGGCCAGGUGGCAGAACAAGAGCACAGAGAGUGUGAUUGAACUUCACAACAAGACGCCCGUGUGGAACGAUGACACACAAUCCUACGUGCUUAACUUCCACGGCAGAGUCACUCAGGCGUCAGUAAAGAAUUUUCAAAUCAUUCAUGACAACGACCCUGACUACAUUGUGAUGCAGUUUGGCCGUGUGGCAGAGGACGUCUUCACCAUGGACUAUAACUAUCCAAUGUGUGCCCUGCAGGCCUUCGCCAUCGCCCUCUCCAGCUUUGACAGCAAGUUAGCCUGCGAAUAG